UCUCCCUCCGCCUUCUUCUCUUCUGGGCGAUCGGGGGACAUUGACUCUGCGCCGCGUGCGCCUCGCACGUGCAGGCCUCAUGACUCUGAUACACGAAAAGGCUGCUGCUGCGGCUACGGCUGGUAUGCCCUUUUUUAAGGAGCGUCAAUGCCUAGCUACGCUUUUCCUUGCUGAUAUGUGUUAUCUAUUUUAUUGCAUGAUGACUGGUGGUUUUUGAUUGCCCUGAAGCCCGGGGUCAAUCGAACUCUGUAUUCUAUUCAAGAAGGAUUCUUGAGUUGUUACUUUUGACUCACUCGACUUCUCACCUACUCACUAAUUGCAGAGCCUGGUGACUCUUAGUCUCUUUUGGUCUCUCUUUAUUAUUCACUCCGUCUUUCGCUGUUGUGUUCUCCAGCUUUAAACGCUUGUGAGACGUCCUAACUCUUGAACUUACGAGUCGCGCUGUCGAUUCCGAUAUUGAUCACAGCUGCGUGGAAGUGUGGAUAUGCCAUAUUUGGUCCACCAUCAUCGCGAGCAUCAUCGACGACGCCACUCCUGGCCUUAUUGCGGUGGUGGAACACCGCACCAGCCGCUGGGGCGAAAUUUUGUGGUUUUCCAGUCUGCACACCAGCAGCAGCAGCAGCAGCAACAAAAGUCCUACCAGCAACUCUUUGAACAGCAUUUCCUCGUCCCCGUUGGGUCGGAAGACUUACUUGAGGAUGAUGCGGCGUCCGCGGGGAUUGGGCCCUCGCUGACGAGGACAAGGGUUAUGCCAGCCGUGGCAUCGGAUGCUCGGCCUCGCCGGUGGUGGUCGUCGUGGUGGUCGUCCUCCGCGCGAGGGGGUUCCUCGCCGCGGAUCGAUCAUGCGGCCCCUAGUGGACAUGGAGGACCGUUUAGGAAGAUGGUGCGUCCGCCGUUGGAUAAGGCGAAGUCGUUGUUCGUAAUGCCCACAACGACGAACCAGUAUCCGGUCGGCGGUGGAGAGGAAGUACUCUUUACUUCAUACUUGGUGCCUUCGCCGCCGAGUUCGCAGCGUGCUGGGGGGUUAAGCGCUGCUGGGCAGGUGGAUUCAACUCCUAUCGAGUUGUUGUCGGUGCCGGUAGUGGACCUUGCAGGUGGUCGUGGUGGUCGUCGGGGGCGAGCAAUGGAUCUGCUGGCGGAGAGGAAUCAUCGGCGGUGUCAUUCGGAGCAGCCGCGGUCUUGGAAACGGCCGAGCGCGAGCUUGUGGCCGCUUGAGGAAGAGUGAGAUGCUGCUGUAUUGUUUUUGCGGGAUGGUUUUAGGCUGUUCAUUGCAUGGUGUCGUUGUUUGAUCGGGGCUCUCCUUCAUUUAUAUCAGGCUAUUGUGCUCGAAAGUGAUGUGGGGAGAGUGAUGUGGGCUUUGUUUCUGCUUGUUUUUCUGCUUCUCAUUCUCACCAUGUUUUUUUUUGUUCUAAUUGUUAUUAGCAUUAUGCUUCGGGCAUCUGAUAUACAUGAUAUACGGGAAUAGGUCAUUUGCAUGUUUACAUGAAGGACAGAAUAUGCGCGCGGUCGGGUCAUUCGCGUGUUGCGGGCGGUGAUUGGGGACAUGGGGACAUGGACAAAUAAUCAUA